UUACUCGACCUGUGUUUUGCUUUUGGUGAGAGUGAUGGCCACAGUUUCACUGGUAUACAACUUCGAGCAUAAAGAUGCUUACUAUUUAUAGGUUAUCGACCAAACUGAAGAAACAUUCGUUUGAUCUGUGCACAAAAUUAUCCAAAUUAGUAACGUUACGGGAAACUCACGUGAGCAGAGUGAUGCAUCAGGCCACGACAAAUGGCCAUCUUGGAAGCGACGAAGCUAACCAGGGAAACAAGUACGGAGACUAUGUGAAAUUUUUGGAGCUGGUUGGAAACCUUAAGCACAUCAAGCGAACCGGAUGGGUGCUACGUAAUGUAAAAGACUGUGAGACUAUUUCGGGCCAUAUGUACCGGAUGGGAAUGAUGUCUUUCCUGCUCGAUGGUAGCCAGGGUCUGGACAGGGUACAUGUUAUGGAAUUGGCUCUGGUACAUGACCUUGCCGAGAGCAUCGUUGGUGACAUAACGCCCUAUUGUGGAAUCUCCAGAGAAGAAAAAUUACUGCGAGAGUUUUCGGCGAUGUCGGAAAUUGCGGAACUGCUUGGUCCAAGCAAGGAAAAGUUGCUGGAGCUGUUCAAUGAGUAUGAGGAAGGAAAAACAGCUGAGGCAAAGUUCGUGAAAGAUCUGGAUCGCCUCGAUAUGGUCAUGCAAGCAUUCGAGUACGAGAAACGUGAUAAUUGUCCGUUGAAGCAUCAAGAGUUCUUCGACUCAACCAAGGGUAAAUUCUCCCAUCCUCUUGUGAUCAAUAUUGUGAACGAAAUCAACGCUCAAAGAGAAAAGUUUGCCGAAGCAAAUGUCGAUGGUACAACACAUAAUUCUUCACCGUCACGUGAAGCCGCUACAAGUGGUGGAUCUAGAUGAUUCUGUAAAUGGAAAUUCAUUCGUAUAUUUUAGUGAUGAAGUCUUGAAAGUUGAUUCUUUUGGGUGUUUCUUGUGUUACGAUAAAAUUCAAGUGUGAUCUCAUCAUUGCUUAUUUAGGUACCAACUGGAUUUUUUGUAAAAAUAGCUAAUUGAUGUGAGCUAGUCAAUUUUGGAAGUACGAGAAUAAAAAAAAAACAGUUUAUUUAUUACGACGAGCUUGAGACUAUUAGCCCAUAUUUAGCAACCAAUAGCUAUAAUGUUUUUGUUAGAAAUGGUAAAGGUAUACAUUUCAGGGACUUAAACAUUGGUAGUAUUGGCAUAACAUGCGUAAUAGAUUUCAUUUUAGUUAAAACGUUCAGAAAAAAAA